CCGCUAGCCGAAGUUUGUAACAUGGCUCUCAGCGACUGCUGGAAGAACCUGUCGUGGUUCUACCGCCAGUACCUUCUGGUGACGGCUCUCUACAUGCUGGAGCCGUGGGAGAGGACAGUCUUCAACUCACUGCUGGUCAGCGUGGCGGGCAUGGCGGUGUACACGGGCUACGUGUUCAUGCCGCAGCACAUCAUGGCCAUCCUGCGCUACUUCCAGAUGCUCCAAUGACGUCGGCCAUCCCGAAUGGCAAAGGCGGCGAGGUGCUUCCGCACGUGGCCCGACUCUCAUCGGAACGUUGGCCGCGUUUGCAAGAUUCAGCAUUCGUUCAAUGACGUUUGCUGCUUCUUUAAAAUGGACCUAUCAAAUCAUUCCUUUUAAAAAAUGUACUUUAAACUUGUUUUGUGUUUUUCUCCAUCUCAAGUCAACACUGUUUGUGGAUGUCACGUUCCAUCCAAAUUGUUUGUAUUUAUAGCUCAAAUAAAUUUCAUGUAAUCUGUA